AUGGCGACGUUGUUGUUCGCCCAUGCCACGGGCUUCUGCAAGCAGGUGUGGGACCCAAUUAUUCGCCGCCUCAAGUGCUCGCCUCUGCUGCAAAAUGCUGUGGACCAGUAUGUGACCUACGACCAGCCGUAUCAUGGCGUGAAUCGCGACAAUUCCGUGCUAAGUCAAGUGUACUACAAGAACAACGACCCCAACGCUCUGCGUGUAAGGCACCCGAUGAAUAACUGGCCUGAAAUCAGUGCAGAUGCAGCGUGGGAGCAAGUGCAGAAGCUGCAGUCAUCUGGAACCGAGCGUCGACCGUUGAUUGGCAUUGGUCACUCGAUGGGGGCUGCUGCACUCUGGGCUACUGAGGCGAAACACCCUGGCACCUUCGACGGGCUGAUACUUUUUGAACCGAUUUAUGGAGAGGUCGACGCAGAAUAUGACAAGAAAGCCGACUUCCUAGUGUCGCUCACAUUGGCUCGUGAAAAGAAAUGGUCCUCUAUUGAAGCUGCUGUCACUCAUUUCGAGAACUGGAAGAAUUUUGCGAGUUGGGACCGCGAAAUGCUCGCGAGCUGGAUCAAGGGAGCAGUGGUGUUCGACCAAGACCAGCAGGCUGCAGUGCUUGCGUGCGACCCUCUCAUCGAAGCGUCUGUAUACGCCGGAUCUCGACUUGUUUUAGCUGAAAACCAACUUGCUGCGCCACGAUGCCCUGUCACAUUUCAUAGCGGAGACCGCACGAAGCUGUUUGAUCGCAGUGUGUUCGACAAAUUCGAGGCAACACACCCGGCCAUCUACACGAACCACACUCCGCUACCUAAAACAUCGCACUUAAUGGUAUUCGAAGAUCCAGCAGCAGCAACCAACGCCAUUCCUCUUCAAGCUCAUCUGUAA